AUCACUAACAAGAGCCAUUCCUUUUCUUGAGAAACCAUAAAGGGCAAACCAAACUAGCCCUAACACUCCCCGACUAAUCUAAACUCACUUAUAAACAAAACCAAUCAAAAUCCCGCUAUUGGGAUUUCCAGUAAUUAGGGUUUGGUCCGACCAUAUAAUUUUUGAAUUUUUAUUUGUUGAAAUUGCGGUCUGCUCACAUCGAAAUUUCCGGCCUGGGAGAGAAAUGGGUUCACGAGAGAAGGGUUCGGCCGCGCCGCACCACCCACUCUUGAGCAGCCUUGUCGUGCGUCCUGCCGCCGACACUGCUGGAGGCGCAGCCAAGGCCGAGGAUGGAGCCACCGGCGCCGGCGCCAGCGAUUACGAGCCUGGCGAAGUUCGCCGGGAUCCGCCUCCUCACUCUCGCUCUGCUCGGCACGACGGCCAUGGAUAUAGAAAGCGGGCAGGUUCUGAUUCUCCUAUCCGUAGAAGGGAUGCUCAUCGUCGUUCUAGUCCAGGUUUUGAAACCUUUGGUUCAUCAAGGGGUCGUGGUUUCCGGAAUGAGAGAGAACCUGGUCAAUAUCGUGACUACUCACCCCCCUAUGCCCGUGGUAAGGAUGGUGGUCGGUUUCCUGGUAGAGGUUAUGAUCACUUGGCACGUGGGUCUGGAGGUCCUGAACCAUUAAGAGUUGAAGGUGUUCCUAGAAAUAAUCCUAAUGUACGACCAAGAGAAGGAGAUUGGUUUUGCCAAGAUCCCUUAUGUAAAAAUUUGAAUUUUGCAAGGCGAGAGCAUUGCAACAACUGCAACAGGCCCCGUUAUGCUUCAUCUGGAAGCCCUAGGAGAGGAGGGUAUUUGGGUCCCCCAUUUCCCCCUCGCGAUCGUGUUCCACCUGCUCUAUUGGAUCAUUCUCCUGUAAGGAAUAUGAAUGGUGGCUACAGGUCUCCCCCUCGUGGCUGGCCAAGAGACGACAGAGACUUUAGAGCUUCUGGACCACCGGGAAGAAAUGAAGUAAGAUUGCCUGAUCCUCUAAUGCGCGGUGAAAGGCCAAACUUUCUUGAAGAUGACCCUAGGGACAGGUUUGGAUAUUACGAUGGACCCCCACUGCCAGAAUGGGGCCAUAGAGACCACCGUGGAAGGGAUAACUUUUUUCAUGAGAGGAGAGGAGGCUAUGGAGGUAGGUUUUUGUCUCCACCUCCUGCAUCAGCAGUUCCUCCCCGUGGCUGGGUAUCUCAUAUCAGGGAUAGGAGCAGGUCACCGGCUAGAGGCGGGCCACCAGCUAAGGAUUAUCACCGUGAUAUGCAUAUGAACCGGAGACGAGAUGGUCGGCGUCCUCUCGGAAGGGGUGCAUUUUAGUGUGUAAUUGACUAUAAUUGCAAAAGCAGCUCUGACAAUUGCUCUUUCUGGUGAAUAUUUCUUCUAAUUUUGGCUAUUGGAUUCUAAAACUGUGUGUACCUAUAGCAUUCGUUUUGGAAUCUAAAAUGAAUUUUCUCUGGUUAUUA